AUGACGCCCGCUGGGACAAGCAGUCUUCCUAUCAUUGACAUAUCUUCUUUUCUUGACAAUGAAACACAGAACACAGAUAAACGCGCCUCUGCCGCCGCAGUCCUUCAUUCUGCGUGCAUCGAGUAUGGUUUCUUCUACCUAAAUAUCGAAGCCUUCGUCGAUCUUUCAGAGCCUGAGGAACUUACUCGGUUAGCAUGGGAGUUCUUUGCAUCGCCGCAAGCAGAGAAAGACAAGCUCUCCCUCGCGAAUGAAGAUGGGGCUAGGGGUUAUGCCAGGCUCAAGGAGAAUGUUACCAACGGCAAAGCCGAUAAUCACGAAGGGCUCGAUCUCUACAAGCCAGUAGAGAACCCUGACAAAACCAAGCCCAUUUGGGGCGAGAAUCAGUGGCCAACGAUCCCUACUUUCAAAGAGAAGUAUGAGUCGUGGGUGGAGAAGAUGAAGACAUUGGGGCUGAUCUUGAUGGAAGCAAUGGCACUCGGUUUGGGUCUCACACCCGAGGAAUGGGUGGAUCUUCGCAGCCAAGUAGACGAUAGCUUCUGGGUCAUGAGAGUGAUAGGUUACCCACCUCUCCCCGAUGAACACGAUGGCUUCUCAUGCGGUGCCCACAAGUUCUUAUACGCCGAUCCUACCAAGUCCGCUUUGCAAGUGUUUUUAAGACGCCCUGGUUUAGUCGGAGCAGACGUGCCUGGAUUACCCCGUGAACAAGGCGAGGAGGAAGGUAUCUGGAUCAACGCGGAUCCCCUCCCUGGUUGCAUUGUAUGCAACAUCGGAGAAAGUAAGCUGGCCCAUCGUAUGAAAGGGGAAUCGUUGAAGAGACGCUUGUUUGCAGUGUGGGAGAUCUGGACGGAUGGGCUAUAUCGAUCAACGCUUCAUCGUGUGGUCCACCGAGGAUCGAAUUACAGCAUCCCCUUCUUUUUUGAGCCCAAUUUUGACGCUCUAGUGAAGCCGUUGUCCGCUGCAUCGCGCAUUAAGGGGAAAGAGGCAGCUUAUGGAAAUGCGGGGUCUCAGCGGAAUCCAGUUGUAUAUGGGGAAUUCCUAUUGCGCAAGGUUGGGAACAAUUUCUCAAGUGGCGGCAAGGGCAGAUACGAUAAUUAG